UCCUAAGGAGUGCCCACCCUUUGUGCCCUGCACACGUGCUGACUGACUCUCCAUCAUGCCAGGCCCGCUCACCCUCCCUGUGUUCUGCCACUUCUUUCUCCCUUGGGUCUUCAUCAUCUUCCAAAACGCCCUGGGGAACCCAGCACCCCACCCGGGCCCCCACUACCUUCUGCCCCCCAUCCACGAGGUCAUUCACUCUCAACGUUGGGCCACGGUCACGCUGCCCUGCGUCCUGGGCGCUCCGCCUCCCAGCUACAAGGUGCGCUGGAGCAAAGUGGAGCCAGGAGAGCUCCGGGAAACACUGAUCCUCAUCACCAACGGACUGCAAGCUCGGGGCUACGGGCCUCUGGGAGAUCGCGCUAGGAUGCGGAGGGGGCACCGGCUGGACGCCUCCCUUGUCAUCGCGGGUGUGCGCCUGGAGGACGAGGGCCGGUACCGCUGCGAGCUCAUCAAUGGCAUUGAGGAUGAGAGUGUGGCGCUGACCCUGCGCCUGGAGGGUGUGGUGUUUCCGUACCAACCCAGCCGGGGUCGGUACCAAUUCAAUUACUUCGAGGCAAAGCAGGCUUGCGAGGAGCAGGACGGACGCCUGGCCACCUACGGCCAGCUGUACCAGGCGUGGACCGAGGGGCUGGACUGGUGUAAUGCAGGCUGGCUGCUCGAGGGUUCCGUGCGCUACCCAGUGCUCACCGCACGCGCUCCAUGCGGCGGCCGCGGGCGGCCGGGCAUCCGCAGCUACGGGCCCCGCGACCGAAAGCGCGACCGCUAUGACGCCUUCUGCUUCACCUCGGCGCUGGCGGGCCAGGUGUUCUUCGUGGCUGGGCGACUGACACUGUCUGAAGCCCACGCGGCGUGCCGGCGGCGGGGAGCGGUGGUGGCAAAGGUCGGGCACCUCUACGCCGCCUGGAAGUUCUCCGGGCUGGACCAAUGUGACGGAGGAUGGCUGGCGGACGGCAGCGUGCGCUUCCCCAUCACCACGCCGCGGCCGCGCUGCGGGGGCCUCCCUGAUCCCGGGGUGCGCAGCUUCGGUUUCCCCAGGCCCCAGCAGGCGGCCUACGGGACCUACUGCUACGCCGAGAAGUAG